UAGUCCGAAUUGAUACUACCUAAACACUUUCAAAUAGAGACGAAUCAAUAUCAAGAGCAAAUCAUUUAUUAAUGUCACAACUGUCAACGAUAACAAUAGCGGAUUAUUGACAAUGCACUCAAUAGCCAACACUGGAAGCACACAUUCACCAGCAAUCAUGCGAAAUGAAGACCCAUCAGAAGAUUAACAACCUUUUAGCAAACAAAGCUUCAUAUUCGUCUAUCUCACUCAUUCGUCCUUGUUAAUAUGUUGCUGUACGUUGAAUGCUUCCAACCAUGGCCAACCCAGACGUGCUAUGAAUAAAGAUAUUAAAGUCAUCCAUGUGUUGUUUGCCUUUGACCUGACUUGCGGGUCAGAACCGAUGGAAUCGUUGGCCGAAAUUGUAAUCGCACUGCUAAGAAAUUCCCUUGACGCAAACAGCUCCUGCAUCGCAAUUCGAAUCUGCUUGGAAUUAUUCUGGUUACAAGUAUUGGAUAACGGGAACGGAAUUAGCAGGGAAGACCUUGAGAGCAUUGGACAUUGCUGCGUGCUGAACAUUGACUUCGAAAAAAAGAAACCAACGAAGCGGUAUGCCCGCUUGACCAGCUCGUCCUUAUCGGAAAUCAUCGGCCAGUGUGAGGAAGUUUUAAUCGAAUCGCUCGAUAUAAACGCACCGGUAGACACUAAAUCUUCCUCCAGACUGUUCAAACAAGAGUCCGUUGCAGGAUCACAGCGGAAUUUCCAGUCUGUGUCCCAGUAUCUUCAUACUCGCAACACCAGAGGCACAACUGUCACACUGAAAAACAUCUUCUACAAUGAACCCGAGCGUCAACACAAUCGCCGAUGGAUCCAACAGGAUUACCGCCGGCUUCUGGCAGAUUUGCGUUUACUUGCACUGAUCCAUCACGACCGGUCGUUUACGUUGCAGGAUCUUACCACAACGGAGGUAGUUUUCCGGAGCAAGAAGAUUGCCGCCCUGCUGCCAAAGUAUUGCGAGCUCUAUGGGCUAACCGAAUCGGAUGUUGAUGUGAUCACUUGCCGCAAGGACGGCAUUCUUGUUGAGUGCUUUUUCAGUCGUCGUGAAGCACGUCCAGCGCUGGAACCGAUACAGGUUACGUUUAUAAACGGUCAACCCGCCGGCACACUGCUACCGACAGUGAAUGAAAUUCUUACCCAACAUCGGCAAGCUAUAGAUUUUCUAAUAGUUGUGACUUUUCCCAACAAUGAGUUGCUAACCCAGCAAAAUGAGCCAAUCAUACGGAAUUGUUUGUCUCGCUGUCUAAAACAGUACCGGAAUUGCUUGAAACGCAAACACAAAGCAGAGGUGGUUGCCGCUAAAAACCCGAACGAAUCUCCCAGCCGACGGCAGACCAGUUCAAAAUUGUUAAAAAUUGCAAUGAUGCCUCGGCAGGACGAUGAAGACAUUCUCUAUGGACUCAGCCAACCGAACCCUGCUCGAGAAACGACGUUUCGUAAGUGUAGUGAAUGGCUGCAAACGAAUAAUUUUGACCUACAACUGGAAGCCAUGUCAGAAAUGCGACAGAAAGUCGACUUUUUCGGUACUGUUGUACCGCCAAAUCACGCCGUACAACAACACAACAAAAAAUCGACGACGACUUUGAAAAACAAACCCCCAGACAUGUUACCGGUACCCAGGUUUUACCCCGUGCCAGAUGAGAAGAAGUUGGAAACCACUCCGGUUUUCCGAAGAAAACGUAUUAAACAAGAACCAGCGUUUGCGGUGAAAAAUGAUGCUUAUUCACUCAAGCCGCCAGAGGUGGUGAGUCGCAAACAUCCACAACGAAAAGAACGAGACUCAUUUCUCAACAUUGUACCGAAACCACUGGAUGGCAGUUUGUCAUUUUCCCAUCAGGAUUUUUUUGGACUAUCGACAGAAAACAAACACAGUAAAAAAAAUGAAAAUUCUCCGAUACCAGUUGCUGCUUCUGAUUCUUUUGCAAAAAUUAUGGAGGAAUCAAAGCAAAAUAAACAAGAUUCAGAUUCUCUUAACCUGUCAAAUGUUAGCUACGUAGAUAAAAAAUCAACCUCGGUUUCUUCAAAAGAUCUUUUCCUAGGAAGAGACUCAAACCAACCAAAUCGGGAGCUUUCACCUAUACUGAAAAUCGAUGCAACUAUCGCAGCAGGACGCGAUACCCCUCCCAGUCCUUUAAUGGAGCCGCUCUUCCUGUAUCCACCUCCGCUGGAAAACGACCGAUACGGGCUUUAUUCCCCGAAGCCGCGAUACUGGAAAAGAGAUAUAAUCGAAGCUUACAAGAGCUUUCAACGUGCCUGCUGGGAAACAACUCAGCACUUCCGACUGGCCAAGGAGAGCGAAUCGGGCGACGAUUCCGACGGAUGCCAUUACUGUUCUCACAGUCCCAAAAGUCGGGAAAUAGAAAUGCUUCGCCAGCCCUUCCAUACCGCAAGGGAUAUAUUCGCCAACAUCGGCGCCAGGAAAUGAUAAAUGCCACCAAUAUUUAGUCUGCCAUGAGUUCGCCUAUCGCAAACAUGCAAUUUUUUAAGCCAAUGAUAUGGUGUUAAGAGCUUAUAUGAAAAAUUAACCUUAAAACACACAUAUUUUUUUGUUUACAC